GUGAUGGAUUCAUGAAAUAGAUCAAUGAUAAAAUUAUAUUUGAUUAAACUAUUAGUAUUGCAGAGCCAUCAAAGCUAACAACUAGGGUAGGCUGCGUUAGGGAUGUAAAUCAGGAGUUACUUAGAGGGCAUUGCCUGGCACUUGCAGUUGCAGACACUCUUGUAGCAAACUCCAAAGAUGGAGAGACAGAAUUGUGAAGAUUGCAUUUCAACUGAGCCAAUGCCUGCUCCUAACAGACGUAGACCACAGUAUAGAAACUAUGUUGAUUGUCAGCGACCAUGUUUAUCUAUGAAAUGUUCUAAACAAGGUGGUUGUAGGCUAUGGCGUCAAAUGAUGUUAGGAUUUAUUACCACAGCAUUUAUAGGACUGAUCUUAUUAUUUUUGGGUUCCAUAUUUAUAGCUGAUGCUGUUCAUGAAAAGAACUCUGUAGCUAUAAUGCUGUGUGUUAUGGGAAUAGUGUGUGGUGGUAUUAUUAUUAUGGCUACUAUAAUACUAGGUAAAAUGUGUAAACUAUGUAUAUCUAGAAAAUCUAGAAAUGAUGACGAAGCACCAUUUCCACAUCAGCAAGGUGCAUGUUUUCAUACAUGUUCAGUUGUUUACACCAGAUCAACUGAUCAGAUACCAAAUGCUGGUAUAAGUGACCCCCCACCAUCAUAUGAUACUGUAGUUACCAGUAAUACUCUUCAUGACGAUAACAUUCACCAAUAUCAACAAUCCACUGAACACCAGGCAGUUGUCAUGGUAUUACCACCUAAAUAUGAUGAUAUCAUUGGACCUUUACCACCGUAUAAAGAAACUGAAUAGUUUUUAGCUUAUAUGUAGAUAUUAUACGAUUUUACAAUGAGCAGUCUCAAAAGGUUGAUGUUUUUAACAUUUGAAGAAUUGUGUAUCAAUCUGUAAAGGGCAAUGAUAAAGGUUAGCCAAAUGAUAUUGUUUACUACCAAAAAAGCCUUUUGUCCAACUUUCUUGCUUGAUUUCCUCUUGAUAUUAUUUCAUUUUCAUAACACUAAUUUUUGAUAAUGUUAUGACAACAAUAGUAUUAUAAUGUGAAAGAAAAUUGAAUGAGUCUUAUGAAGUGUUGCAAUAAACUGAAAACAUACUUAAACUGUUGUGGUAAAAUGUGGCUUUACAUAGUCCUGAAAAGCAUAGUACAGAUUGAUAGAUACCUGCAAUGAUCAUUUUACUAGCUAUUUAAAUCAAAAUCUUAUAUUAAUUGCAUUUUAAGGAUAGUAAUUAUAUUAUUGUAUAAUACCGGUUGUUAUGGAUAUUGUGAUAUUGAUUGUCUUUGUGUCACUUAUUUGUUUUUCUUUAUCAUGUUUUGUGUUAAUGUUGUAUAUUUAUUUUAAGCACCAGAGAAGUACAUAAGAUCUGCAAAAAAGAACUGAAGGGAUUGCCAAAUUUGCUUCUAUAUAAUUUUUAUUGCUGGUA